UUUUGACGAUUUUAUUCUCCUCCGUCUCGCCGAAUCAAAAACCCUCUCACAACAACCGUGAUCGCCAAAACCCUAAUCCGGUAAUGGAGCUCCGUUCUCGGAAGAGGGUCGCCGGCGGAACUGAGCAGCUUAAGGAGGAGGAAGGUGGGAGCAGUGAGAGUGGUGGAAGCUCUGAUCAUUCUGAUGUGAAUUUGUAUGAUCUUUGUUCUUCGGAUUCGGAUUGGGUUUCUGCUUCAGGGUCUGAUAGUGAAGGUGAAGACAACCAACACAGUGAGGAGGCAGUUAUUAACUUAAACGAUAGAGCAAAAGGAAAAACGAAGGAGUGUUUGCGAAAAAAGGGGAAGGUCGAGGCGAAGAAUAAAAGAGGACAGCCAAGUUUGGAAUUGGAAUUAGGGGAUUAUGACAGUUUUGAUGAAUUACAGUUGAUUCUACAAAAACCAGUCGAAAUAGACUUCCUUCGCUUGACAGGGAAAAGCAAGAGAAGGAAGUCAAAAUCUGGUGGGCGAAAGCCAAUUCUAAUGUGGAAUAUCUGGGAAAGUGAGCAUAAUAGAUGGAUUGACGAGAAUUUCACUGAGGACUGUGAUCUUGAUGUUCAGAAUAAUGUGGUAAAUGAAGUUGCUGAGACACCGUCUGAUUUGAUUAUGCCUUUGCUGAGAUAUCAGAAGGAGUGGUUGGCUUGGGCUCUGAGACAGGAAGAGUCUGAAACUAGAGGCGGAAUCCUUGCAGAUGAGAUGGGUAUGGGGAAGACUAUACAAGCGAUUGCUCUUGUAUUUGCUAAACGGGAGAUCAAUUGGACAUUUCAUGAACCCCAAUCCUCUAAAGGCUUGCCUCACAUUAAAGGAACCCUUGUAGUUUGCCCUGUGGUUGCCGUGAGCCAGUGGGUAAGUGAGAUUGAGCGCUUUACUUCAAAAGGAAGUGCAAAGAUCCUGGUUUAUCAUGGAGCCAACAGAGAGAGGAGUUCCAAACAGUUCCAGGAUUAUGACUUUGUCAUAACUACUUACUCCAUUGUUGAGGCUGAUUAUAGGAAGCAUGUGAUGCCUCCCAAAGAAAAGUGUGUAUUUUGUGGGAAGCUUUUUUAUGAAACAAAAAUGUCCGUCCACCUGAAAUACUUCUGUGGACCUAAUGCCACCAGAACUGAGAAGCAGUCUAAGCAACAAAGGAAAAUGCAUCUGCCAUCGAAGAAGACAAGUGAGUCUUUAAAUGAAAAGAUCAGUGGAAGUUCGGGCACAAAGAAUUGGAAGAAAGGAGCUCACAAAGGAAAAUCAAAGCUGCACAAAGAUGACAAUAUGGACUUAGAUGAUAUUGAACGGGGCAUGAACAAAGGCAAUUCAGUUUUGCAUGCUGUGAAGUGGAACCGGAUCAUCUUAGAUGAGGCACAUUAUAUAAAAUCUAGGCGGUGCAAUACUGCAAAAGCUGUUCUUGCUUUAGAAUCUACAUAUAAAUGGGCUUUAAGUGGCACACCCCUACAGAAUCGUGUUGGAGAACUUUAUUCAUUGGUCCGCUUCUUGCAAUUAGUCCCGUACUCGUAUUACUUGUGUAAGGACUGUGACUGCAGAACUCUUGAUCAUAGUUCCACAACAAAGUGUUCAAAUUGCCCUCAUAGUUCUGUUAGACAUUUUUGUUGGUGGAAUAAAAAUGUGGCCACACCAAUACAAUCAUUUGGAACUUCAUAUAGUGGCAAAAGAGCAAUGAUAUUGCUAAAACACAAGAUCUUAAAGAACAUAGUGCUGCGGCGAACUAAAAAGGGAAGGGCUGCUGACCUUGCACUUCCUCCUCGAAUUGUUUCGCUGAGGAAGGAUACCUUGGAUAUCAAGGAACAAGAUUAUUAUGAGUCAUUAUAUACUGAUAGUCAGGCAUUAUUUAACACAUAUGUUGAUGCGGGAACUCUGAUGAAUAAUUAUGCUCACAUCUUUGAUCUUCUCACACGUUUGCGGCAGGCCGUUGAUCAUCCGUACCUUGUCGUGUAUUCUGCAAGUGCUGCACUAAAAAAUGGAAACCAGGCCAAUAUUGAUAACAGUGAGAAAAUAUGUGGCAUUUGUCAUGAUCCAGCUGAAGAUCAUGUGGUAACUGUUUGCGAACAUGUCUUUUGCAAGGCAUGUUUAAUUGAAUUUUCUGCUUCCCUGGGACAAGUUUCAUGCCCUUCAUGCUCAACAUUGCUUACAGUGGAUAUGACCACAAGUGUAGGUGCUGGUAAUCAGACUACUAAAACUACCAUUAAGGGGUUUAGAUCCUCGAGUAUUUUGAACAGAAUUCAGCUUGAGAAUUUUCAGACUAGCACAAAAAUAGAAGCUUUGAAAGAAGAAAUAAGAUUCAUGGUUGAAAGAGAUGGUUCCGCAAAGGGAAUUGUUUUCAGCCAGUUCACAUCAUUCUUAGAUCUCAUUCACUACUCCUUGCAAAAGUCGGGUGUCAACUGCGUUCAAUUGGUUGGAAGCAUGACCAUGUCUGCAAGGGAUAAUGCUAUAAAGAGAUUCACUGAGGAUCCAGAUUGCAGAAUUUUCUUGAUGAGUUUGAAAGCCGGAGGUGUUGCUCUUAAUCUUACAGUUGCAUCACAUGUUUUCUUGAUGGACCCAUGGUGGAACCCAGCUGUGGAGCGGCAAGCACAGGAUAGAAUCCACCGGAUAGGGCAGUACAAACCGAUCAGGAUUGUGAGAUUUGUCAUUGAGAACACAAUUGAGGAGAGGAUUUUGAAACUACAGGAAAAGAAGGAACUAGUGUUUGAGGGCACCAUUGGUGGUUCUACAGAGGCUUUCGGGAAAUUGACUGAAGCUGACUUGAAAUUUUUGUUUGUCACCUAAGCAGAUGACCAGAAGAUGAAGCAUAAAGUUUGUAGGGCCUCUGCCUAGCCGAGUCUAUUGAUUUUGUGCUGUUAUCUGCGUUAGGUUCUCCAUAUGUAUGAUAGUUACAGCUGAAAAUUAAUGCAUGAAAAUUUAGCAAGGC